AUGGCAACUUCAUCAUGGACGUUUUGGUUUGGGCUUCUUACCAUGAUGUUUUCUAACAGACUAGCACAGCAGUCGCUGAGACGACUUGCGACACAACAUCCAUCUGCGUUCAGAAACUCGGUAUCCAAGUUCGCGAGACCGGCUGCCAUUGCUACUGGAAACUAUGCUCAAUUCAGGCGCCUAGACCUGCUGUGUUUGCCGAAACCAACACACUGCCAUCGCGGUCAUUCAGCCGCAACAUCCGCUUCUGCACCAGCACCAGAUACCACUGAUCCAACCAGCAUCCUCGCAAAACAGCGUCUUAACCGCCCUGUCUCUCCACAUCUUAGCAUCUACCGACCCCAGAUAACCUGGUACCUGUCCAGUCUUAACCGUAUCACUGGUGCAAUCCUCUCCGGCAGCCUCUACAUCUUCGCCAGCGCUUAUCUCGUCUCCCCACUGCUCGGAUGGCACCUCGAAUCUGCGUCGUUGGCUGCUGCUUUCGCCGCUCUCCCAAUUGCUGCCAAGGUUGCGAUGAAAUUCACCAUGGCCCUUCCUUUCACUUUCCAUUGCUACAACGGUGUGAGGCAUCUUGUGUGGGAUAUGGGAAAGCAGUUGACCAACCAGCAGGUUAUUACAACUGGAUGGACCGUUGUUGGGUUGACCCUGACCAGCGCUCUUGCAUUGGCUCUUAUCUGA